AUGGAAAAACUAGCAAUAAUAGAAGAAUGGCAAAAUGAUACAAACUAUUCAGACUCAAACAACCACAGAUAAAGAAAUUUGAUCAACAAUAAAUAUGAUGAGGAAAUAAGAUAGCACAAUACAUCUUACUAAGAAGAUUCGAAAAGAAAUUCAUAUCAAGAUAAUGCAUCAAUGUCUAGGACCUAUUUCGAUUAGAUGAUGAGCUAGGCAAAAGCAGAUGAUAUUGAAGUAGUACCAAGAUAUUAGGCAAACAAAUUUUAGCAAAAUAGGAAUCAAAAGAGUGCGUCCACAAGAGAAAACAACUAUGAAGAAGACACAUUGUCAUUCUAAAUGAAAGAGUAGAAUAAGGUCUUGCUUGGCGGCUGGCUUGAAGUAUCAGUAAAUUUUGGGGACAUUACUAACGAGCAAGUUGAUGCAAUUACAAAUGCUGCCAACGAAUUUUUAUCUCAUUCAGGAGGACUUCCUUUUGCCAUCUCUAAAAAGGGUGGUCCUUCAAUUCAGCAUGAUUCAAACUUAUGGGUAAAUUAGAAUGGUAAAGUGGAAACAGGAACAGGUAGAGCAGUCACAAAAGCUGGAAAUAUGACAAAUUGCAAGUAUGUUAUUCAUGCUGUCGGUCCUAUUUGGACUAAUGGAAGAAGAGAUGAUGAAAAAUUGUUGUAUGACUGUGUUACAGAUACACUGAAAACUGCUUCUAAGUUAAACUGCAGAUCUGUUUCAAUUCCUGCUAUAUCUUCUGGCAUCUUUGGAUUCCCUAAAGACUUAUGUGCUGCUCACUUAUUCAGAGCUGCCGAGGACUUUUGCUUUUAGAAUGAUCAAAAUAAUACUUGCUUAAGAAUAAUUAGAUUCACAAACUUCGAUUAAGAAACUGUGUCAAUUUUUACAAAGGAAAUUAAAUUGAGAUAUACUGAGAGAUUUGAGUGUGUUCCUUUAACUGGCACAUUUAAUGAAGGAUCAGGAAAAAAGAAAAGCAUUAAUAAUAACUAGCAGAAGUAAAAUGUUUCAAAUAAUGAUCAUAGAAAUGGAUCCAACAGUAUUAAUAGUGCUAUUAAUAAUAAUAAAACUCAUUAAAACUCAUAGAAUGCUAAUCUCUCCAACAAUAAAGAUUUUAAUUCAAACAAGUAUUAAAAUUAGGUAAUUCAGUAAUAACCUAGCUUAAAGCGUAAUACUUUUUUCAAGGAGGUUUAAACAUAAACAUUAACAUAUGAUGAGCUUUAAUAGAAAAUUAUAAAAGAUUAUAAAGAAAGCUAAAAACAGGCUUUUGAAGAACCUAAAUAAAAUAAAAUAAAAGAUUAUAUAGAAGGCUAGUAGAUAUUGGAAAAAGAAUAAAUCAGUAGGUCUAAUAAUGAGCAGAUACCAGAUAAUUAAAGAUAAAUUAUUGAUGAAGCAAUAGUGAAAGUAAGAAUAGAAAAUAUUUAAGACGACAAACAAAAUUAAUAAAUUGAUGAAGAAUAAAAGAGUUAUGAACAUAAUGAUUAAAAAUCAAGUCUAUUGGAAGAAAAAAUACCUUAAGAAAUUGUUUUAAACAUAAAAUAAAGUUAAGAUUGCGAUUAGUUUGAAGAGAAAAAUGAUCAAAUUAAAAACUCAGAUAGUUCAGCUAACUAGCUAGAAUUAUAAGUUUAUAAUAAUCCUAAAGACAACAUGAAUUAAUAUUCAGAAACCUAAAAUAUUUAAGCUGUUUCAGAAUUAAAUAAAGAGAACAUUUAAACUUGCAUUGAUGCUUUAGAUAAAGAAGGGGGAAAAUAAUUGACUCAUUAGGAUUAAACUAGCGGUGAUUUUCUAGAUAAGCAAGGGGAAUAAUAAGAAGAUCAAUAAUAAAAGAAAAUUAGAAGUGACAUCUUUGAUUAAUAAGAAUCAGAUUAAAAGGCUCAACAAGAGAAUAAUAGCAGUAAAAUUCCUGAUAAGAGUGAUGAAGAAUAAAAUGCUCAAUAGGAGAAUAAUAGCAGUAAUUUCCUUAAUAAGGAAGGUCAUGAAUAAUAGACUCAGUAAGAAUAAACUAGAUGUGAUCACCCUGAUAAGGAAGAGGAGGAUUAAAAGUCUCAAUUAGAGAAAGCUAACAAUGAUCUGCAAUAGUAGGAAGAGCAUGAAAAAGUAUAGAAAUACUAAUAAAAUACUUUAAAAUCCAAUGAUGAAAUUGAUAAAGCGGCAUCUUUAGAUGGAAUCAAAGAUAGCAACGAAUUUUAGACUCAUUAAAACAAUUCUUAAAUAUAAUCAUAGGAUCCUAAUUUUAAUGAGUAAUUAAUUGCAAGAUAAUAGUUAAACAUAAGAUAUUUAAACUGUGAAUGCAGAAGAGUUAAAAGUUUAGAUUAAUUAAAUAUAAGAGGAAAAAAAGAUGAGGAAUAAAAGGAUCUUAAUAAUAAUAUACAAGUUACAGAAUCAAAUCAAGAAUUAGAAGCGAAGGUCUCUAAUGAAUUACCCAAGGAUAAUUAGAAUAGUGAUUAAGAAUAAGCUUCCAUACCUGUUAUUGAUCAUUAAAAUACUAAUGAGUCUCAAUUACAGGAAAAAUCAGACGAGAAUUAGAAAGAUAAAGUAAUUGAUAAAUAAUUGGAUGAUUCUAACUAUGCUGCAACAGAAGAAGAAAAAAAGGAUGCAGAGAAUCAAAUAUCAGGCAAUAUUGGGGGGGAAGAACUUAAAAAUGAGGAAGAAAUAAUAAAUAAUAGUAAUAAUUCUAAUUAUGAUAUGUCAUAAGCAUCAUAAAUAAACACUGAAGAUAAUUAGAAAAUUCUGAAUGAUUAGAAAGAUGAAACCAAGGAUUAAUGGUAAAAUAGAAAUUUGGAAUUUGAUUAAAAAUCAAAGAUCCAAAAUAAUGAUGAAAAAUAAAAAAAUGAAAAUUUAAAGGAUAUUUAAAAUCAUAAACCAAUUAAGCAAGAAAUUAUCUAAAUUUAAGUAAAAUCAAGUGAAAAUAAGGCUGAAUAAAUAAAUCAUGAAGAUUCUGUAGAAUUUGAGGAAAAUAAGGAUGACAAAUUUAAAAAAGUUGCUAAUGAUGAAGUGCUUAAAGCUACAAUAGACUAAAUGAAUAGCGACUGA